CCACACGGACCGCUGAUUCUGUUACACAAGAUGCGGAAGUUGCUGUGUGAUGCUUUGAAAUCCUAGAACUGAUCGUCCUCCGUUAUUCUCCACCAAUGAGCUGAUGGUGUGGGCGGACCCGAGAUGUUGAUGGACAUCCCCCGUCACGCCCUGCUGCGUCCUCUGAGCCGUAGCGAGGUGCUGGGCAUGUUGGUGAGACUCACCAUCUUUGGAGCAGCUACCUACUACAGCAUCAGAUGGGUGGUGGAGGCUCUGGACCCCACGCAGAGACAGAAAUCAGAGGCUAAGAAGCGGGCUGAGCGGAUGAUGAGGAGGAUUGGGGUGGAGGGAGUGAGUCUGAAUGAGUAUGAGAUGAACAUUGCUUCUCAGCUGGUCGAUCCUCAGAGUAUGAAGGUGACGUGGAGAGACAUUGCAGGUCUUGAUGACAUCAUCACCGAGCUGCAAGACUCCGUCAUCCUGCCCAUCCAGAAACGUCAUCUGUUCCGUGGAUCUAAACUUCUACAACCACCCAGAGGUGUGUUGUUAUACGGUCCACCCGGCUGCGGGAAAACUUUAAUCGCCAAGGCAGCAGCCAAAACCUCAGGCUGUCAGUUCAUCAACCUCCAGGCCUCCACUUUGACUGACAAGUGGUUCGGUGAAUCAGAGAAGCUCACCGCUGCUGUCUUCUCAUUGGCUGUUAAACUGCAGCCCUGCAUCAUCUUCAUCGAUGAGAUAGACUCGUUUCUGAGGAACCGCUCCAGUUUGGAUCAUGAGGCCACGGCAAUAAUGAAAGCUCAGUUUAUGAGCCUGUGGGACGGACUGGAGACCAGCCCUGACACUCAGGUGAUGGUGAUGGGGGCCACUAACAGGCCACAGGACGUGGAUGCAGCAAUCCGGCGCAGAAUGCCAGCAACCUUCUACGUGAGGCUUCCUAAUAAAGCUCAGAGGAAGCAGAUCCUUCACCUCCUCCUGUCCGGAGAAAACCUGAGUACGGCAGUGAAUCUGAUGGAGAUAGCCGAGCAGACAGAGGGAUUCUCGGGCAGUGAUCUGAGGGAGGUGUGUCGCGACGCUGCUCUGUACAGAGUCCGAGAUUUUAUACGCAAACAGCAGAUGAAACAAAUCACACAACAGCUACAACUCCAACAGGACGAAGAGGAGGAUGAAGAGACAGUGGACAGUGUGUGUCUGAGGCCAAUCACGCAGCUUGACCUGUUGUUUGGACUGGAUAAGAUGAACGAGUCGAGACAGGCCACAGCUCCGGCUCACAUCAGUCACGUGUUUAUGAACUGAAAUCAGGACACAGGUCUGUGAGCAUGGUGUCACUGCAUCACCACUGUGUUAGUGUUGUUAUAAAUACUGUUCUUUUUUUCAUUUCCUGACCUGCAGGUGACCAGACGGUUGUGAGCUCAUAGUCCAGCCCUGAAGGAGAGAUGCUUAUUUCUGUUUAGAUUAUAAAACCUGAAAGAAUCCAUGUAUUAACAGAGAUAAAAACCUGUAUGUUUCUAUAGGAUUAUUCUCACAGCCAAUCACAACAUGGCUAUUCAAUACACUCUGUGUUUAAAAUAAUAAUCCAUCCUGCAGGAAUAAAGGGAGGUACAUUAAUGUGUAUAUAACUGUUUAUAUGAUUCAUUGCUGUUGGAGAAGUUGUCUUGUGUUAGAAAUGUUAAAUACUGUACUGUGAAAAUGUGUGGUUUUUAAUAUUUCAAUAUUUCUUUUAAAUGCAUGGUUUAUUAAACAGAGGUAAUAAACCACACAAUUCUUCUGAUAUAAU